CUUUUCCUCCGUGAACGACAUAUCUCUAGUACCGGCAGAUUUCAAGUGAAGGUUAUAUGUGAUUGUUCCUAUUGGUUUAGUUGGUUAUGAUUUACCAAAAAGAAUCGAAAUCAUUUUAGUAAUAAUUAAUUCAACUGGAUGGAAAAAUGUUAUAGGAAUAGUUUCGACAUUUUAAACAUUUGUUCUGAUUUUAAACCUUUGAAAUUCAUGGUUGUUUUCAUUUUUUUAUUUUUUUUUUGUUACAAGAACUUUCCAUCUCAAAAUUCUGAAUAAACAUGGAAGUUCUUGAAAAUGCUGGGCAUGCUGUUCUUUAUAGCUAUGGUCAUUUUUUGGAUUCCUUAUUUAUAAAUUUUUACCACAUUAAUCAGAGUUUCUCAAAUAUUAAUGUUCUUUCCAAUUCAAUUGAUAUUCAGGCGAUUCAAGAAGAACAUUCUUCUAUUUACGAGUUAAUCAAUAUUGAUAACAAAGUUCAAGUAAAAUUGCUAUUGGUAUUUUCAGCAAUUUGCAAAGAAAUAGAACUCCUAAAAAAAGAAUUGGAGGCAAUUUUUUUAUGUAAAAUCUUGGAGUAUGGUGAAAAUAUUACAGAUGAUAUAAAUAUUGAAGAGUCCCAAAUUGCUAUUACACAAUUUCUUCCUGAUUUAUUAGAUAUACUGAAUUUCGUAAGGAGAUGUCGACAAGUUUUGAUACAUUUUCUGAGGCAACUGUUUUCAUCGUUGGAAUAUGCUUGGAAAAAGGGUUCUCAUAGUAUAAUGUAUUUAAAAUUCCAGGAAGUUUUCAAAUAUUUGGAUGAUUUAUUUAUAAUAUUCAUAACAUUAGAUGUUGGAUUAUCUUUCUAUAAUGAAGGCAAAAUCAGUAGGGAUUUAAAUUUACUGCUGCAGCAUAUAAAAUUAUUUCCAAAUGAUUCUGGAAAGGUACAGAUAAAUAAGGUUGUACAGGAUAUCAUUAAUGAAUUGUUUUCAGGAAGUAUAUUUCAGGGAACAUUAAACAUGCUAUUUGAAAAAAAAUUGUUUUUAUCUCAGAGUAAUAAUUUUCCUACACAUUUCAACCGAUACCUAAAAAAAAAGUUAUCAGAUAUUGAAAAUUUUAAAGAUAGUGAUGUGCCAGUCUUACGUUUUUGGUCUCAAAUUGUCUCUUCUCACGUUUUUGUCACCAAAUGUUUUGGUAUGACAGAUAAAAAACUUCAUAAAAAUGUUUUGGAGACCUCAAAAAAGUUCCUGGCUGUUCCUCUGUUUGGAGAUUUGAUAUGGAUUCCAGGAAAGUUUUUGGCUGAACAGUUUGAAACAAGAAGCAUUGAUUUGCCUCAUAAAUAUUUCGGCCUUAGUGGUUUGUUAGAGAAAAGACUGGAACUAAUGGAAGUUAAUUCCCUCAAAGAUUUAAAAUCAUAUUCAUUGUGGGUGAUAAAAUGGACUCUACAGAUGGAAAAUGCUGCUUCUUCUGAUGCUAAUUUUUCAAAAUUGAGCAAUUCUGAUCUUAUCCAUCUUGGUAUUGAGGGUUUGCAGCUCACUGACCAAAUGAAAUUUUACAUUGAUAAUAUACUGCAUUUACAUGGAAUGCAUGGGAGACCAAUGACAAAAAUGUUAGUAUUGAAUGUUUGUAAACUAAUUGAAUUACUCAAAGGAAUUCAGUCCAUUUUCAAUAGACAUAGCCCUGAAAUAGCGAAACAAAUCAACCAUAUUUUUCAAAAACGAGUGAUGCAGAUUUUAUCGAUGAUUCUCAAAGUAAAGAAAGAAGUAUUCAAGUUUUCUUAUCAAGAAAAGUAUAUGGAUGCUUACUCUUCUCUAAUUCUUGCAGAAAGAUUACUUUAUGGCUCCUGUUCAGAAGACCGAAUUUUACUAGUACAAUUGGCAUUAACUUUGACAAAUGACUACCCGUUUAUAGAUUCUGAUGCCAAUGAAAAAAUUUUAAAAUUAAUUGAUGAUUUAUACAAUUUAUGUUUAUUUACCUCAAAGUUUGAGAAGUUUGAGCUCCUUAACUUCAUGUAUAUAGAAGAAAAUAUUUUUCCAAUUUAUUUCAAGCAUUUAAUGGACACUCAUUCUAAUACAGCACGUUUACAGUACAUUUUGCACUCUACUUCUGUUGGAACAACCCAAAAGGGAAAUGGAAAAUUCAUCCCAGAGAGGAAAACUUUGGUCGAAAAUAAGGUUAUAAAGGAGUUAUGUGAAGAAAUAGAAGUACAUUUACGUCUUCAUGCCCAUUCUCAUUUGAAAAAUGAUCCUUUUUUAGGAGUUAUUAAUAAAGAUUAUGGUGUUAUCCUACAUGAUUUACCCAUAAACAUGUACAAAUGGUUUAUUACUAUAAAAGGUCUUGUUGAGUCUUAUUUAAACAAAACAUUCUAUGAUUUGACAACCGUAGCUUUACAUGACUGGCAAACAUACAGUGAAAUGAAAAGUUUGGCAAAGCAUCAAUUUAAAUUGAGAACUCUGGAAGAUAAUCUCCCAAGUCAGACUGUUUCACAGGGUCUUGAUGUAUUAGAAAUUAUGCGAAAUAUUCAUGUAUUUGUUGGUAAAUAUCUAUAUAAUUUAAACACUCAAUGCUUCAUUGAAUAUAUAAGUGCCAACAAACAUUUAAAUACUGUUAAUAUACAUCAAAUUGCCAAUUCAAUAUGGACUCAUGGUACAGGAAUUAUGAAUACAACGGUCAAUUUUAUUUAUCAGUUUUUAAGAAGAAAGUUACUUCAUUGUUCUCAAUUUUUGUAUGAUGAACAUAUAAAUUCUCGUCUUACCAAAGAUUUAAAAUAUUUUAACCAGCAAAAGAUUCUGAAAAAAUCCUUAUAUCCUUAUGAAAGAGCUGAGAAAUUCAAUAAAGGUAUAAGUCGACUAAAAAUUUCAUCAGAGGGUUUAUCUUAUUUAGACCAAUAUCGCAUUUUGAUUUCACAAAUAGGCAAUGCCCUUGGAUAUGUAAGAAUGAUUCAUUCAGGUGGUCUACAUCAUUCUGUAGCAUCAAUGUCAUAUUUUCCAUGCAAUGAUUAUAUUGCUAUUUCUGAAAAUAAUAAAAGCAAUAUGACACAUAAUGCUAUUGAUAAUUUUGAAGUAACUUUAUUUAAUGCACUUUAUCAUUUAAAUGGAGAAACAGAUGCUUUAAAACUUCUGGUUGAAGUAUUUUAUUCUGUGUUUCAUACACCAGAAAAUGAUCAUUUGAGACUUUUCGUGAUGAUUAUACCACCUCUUACAAUCAAUUUUGUUAAUUACAUUAUUGCUGCAAAAGAAAAAAUGAGUAAAAGAAAUUCGACCUCUGGUCUAUUUACUGAUGAUGGUUUCGUAAUAGGUGUUGCAUACCUUUUAUCUGUUUUUAAUUUAAGUGAGGAAUUCAAUUCUUUACAUUGGUUUGAGUCAGUUUCUGAAAAAUACACAGCUGAUGAAUGUAACAUACUAAGGUCGAUGGAAAAACAAGAAAAAGAUGAUACCACAAAUGGCAACACAUUGCAACUUUCAAUUAAGAGGCUUCAGAUGUAUAAGCAGGAAUUCGAGCUAUUAAAAUGCAAUUUGAGCAGUGCUAUGGUGUUUUUUUCUGGAGAUUUGCCACAAAGUUAAAAAUAACAUUUUUAUGUUUUUAUAUUAUGGCUACCUAUUUAAAAUUACUCCUGCAUACCACAUAUGUUUUUUAAAUUGUGUAGCAGAUUUUUAUUCAUUCAUU